GUGCGCGCGUGCGCGAGCGCUUGUUAACGAUUGACGGCCCCGCACCAAAAGCAAACGUGACCUUUGGCGUUUUGGAGGUGGCGGGCGGACCAAUGGGAUGGCGCGGCGCAGCGCCGUCAGCCCCUCGGUCCUCGGCGCCCCGCGACCACUUUCCACUCGGACCGCGACCGGUCACUCGUCGCUUCCUCUCCUCCAAACUCAUUUUGUCACUUCUCCACGUUUGGCGGCAACUUCUUGCCGUUUAGUCGCCGCCAUGAAGACGCUGCGCAUCUUCAUCAUCGCAAUGAUGAUGAUGAUGACGACGAAGCUCACCUCGGCCGCAGACGAGACGUGCGCCGGCCGCUGCGGUUCCUUCGAGCCGCUGAGGAAGUGCCAGUGCGAUUCCAUGUGCCUUUACUACGGAAGCUGCUGUCCCGACUUUGACCAAAUGUGUCCCAAGAAGACGGCGCGCGGCGACACGUUUGAAGAAGCCGAAGAGGACCGAAGCACGUUGGAGACGCCGGUGGACGUGUUGGCCCCAAGCGCGGCGCCGUUCUCCUCCAGCGCGCCGCCGCUCACCUCCAGCGCGCCGCCGCUCACCUCCGAGCGGCCCGAACCUCCCCCCGCGGCGCCGCCUGCCGACCGAGACGCGGCGGCCUGCAGCGCGCGGCCCUUUGACGCCUUCCUGCAGCUGAAGAACGGAUCCGUGUACGCCUUCAGAGGCCAUUAUUUCUUCGAGCUGGACGACAAGGCCGUGCUCCCCGGCUAUCCCAAACGGAUCGAGGACGUGUGGGGCGUGACGGGGCCCGUGGACGCCGCCUUCACCCGCAUCAACUGCCAGGGCAAGUCCUACAUCUUCCAGGGAAGGAAGUACUGGCGCUUCGACGGCGACGUCCUGGACGAGGGCUUCCCCAGGGACAUCUCGGAGGGCUUCGACGGCAUCCCCGACGACCUGCACGCCGCCUUCGCCGUGCCCGCGCCCAAUCACCGGCAAAAGGAGAAGGCCUACUUCUUCAAAGGGGAUCGCUAUCACGUGUACGAGUUUGUCAACCAGCCCAGCCAUCACGAGUGCGUCCAGAUGAGUCGAUCUUCGCCGUCGCUCUUGUUCUCGCGCUACACCGACCUCUUUUGUGACCAAAGCCUGGACGACCUUUUCGGCGCACUCUUUGGGGCCGCAGGCGGCCGCCAGUCGUCGGGGCCGCGCCUCAUCAGCGGCGACUGGGCGGGCCUCAGCCCCCCGGUGGACGCGGCCAUGGUGGGGCGCGUCUUCCUCAGCCCCAAACCCGCGCCGCCGAAGCCGCCGCCGUUCGCCGGGAGGCGAAACCCGCGCAGGUGGAGGAAGCCCAGCAGGAAGUUCCGACGCAGGCAAAGUCGCCAAACGCUGUUCGACGACUUCUGGAGCGACUUGUUCGACGACGGUGAAACGUCGCGGGAGGAUGUCGCCACCGCGGCGCCGCUGCGAGGGCAAACGUCCGCCGGCGCGCCCGUUCAAUACGUCUACUUCUUCAAGAGAGAUAAGUACUACCGGGUGGACCUGCGCAGCAAACGCGUGGCGCCGGCCACGCCGCCUUACCCGCGCUCCGUCGCCGAGUACUGGCUGGGUUGCCCGCAGGAAGACGCUCCUGACGCCCCGCGCGCUGAGAGGAGAUGAAAAGGCAAGCAUCGAGGCGAGGCGACAGCAAACGGCAACGCGUCUCAUUUUGGUUCGAUUUCAAGCGUUGAACGUUUCAGCCAACCCGGAAGAAGAAAGAGCUAAUCGACGGGCCAGAUCCUGUCGUCGAACGGCGCGCGACUUCCGCAUUCGCCGCGCUCCCUGCUGGACCAACGUCGUCCUCGCGGCCGAGCCCUCCAAAUAAACUCAAUCGCACCCCC